AUGAGUAGUCAAACGAUAGGAAACACUUCCAGCAAUGGCUGGGUGGUGCAAAAAUUCGGCGGAACCAGCGUUGGAAAGUUCCCAGACAAGAUUGCCACGGAUAUUGUCCGAGCAAGCCUUUCGCACAACAAGGUCGUCGUUGUCUGCUCGGCAAGAAGCACGGGCAAGAAGAUUGAGGGCACCACCAGCCGACUGCUUGGCGUAUUUAAUAAGCUCAAGGGAAUCGCAGCACCCACAACACCCGAAGAGGCACAAAAUGAACUCAUGAACGAGGCCAAGGGUCUAAUUGAGGACAUCUGCAAGGAUCACGUAUCGGCAGUCAAGACUUUCCUGCGCAACCCAGAAUUACAGGCGUCCCUGGAACAAGAGAUCAGCGAUGAGUGCCAGGAGCUGGUCGAGUACAUUGUGGCGGCAAGGAGAUUUAACCUCGAGGUCAACUCAAGAUCCAAGGACCGUUGCAUCAGCUUCGGUGAGAAACUCAGCUGCAGGUUCAUGGCCGCAUUACUGAAGGACUUGGGUGUCGCGGCGGAAUAUGUGGACCUCAGUGACGCGUUCCACUAUGAUGCCACGGCUCAUUUGAGCCAGGGCUUUUACCAAGAGGCCGCUGCAGUACUACGGAAAAAGAUCACGGCUUGCGAAGAGCGAGUCCCCGUAGUCACUGGCUUCUUUGGCAACGUUCCCGGCAGCCUAAUUGAUGGUGACAUUGGCCGAGGCUACACGGAUCUCUGCGCGGCGCUAUGCUCAGUCGGUCUGAAGGCGGAUGAGCUUCAGGUGUGGAAGGAGGUCGACGGGAUCUUCACAGCAGACCCGACAAAGGUUCCCACGGCACGCCUGCUGCACUCCAUCACGCCGUCCGAAGCGGCGGAAUUGACGUUCUACGGCUCCGAGGUUAUCCACCACCUGACCAUGGACCAGGUCAUCCACGCUUCGCCCCCUAUUCCCAUUCGUAUCAAGAACGUCAAGAACCCCCGAGGAGUCGGCACCAUCGUUGUGCCCGACCCCGUUCUCACUGCCGGCCACCAGAUCCAACGGUCAUCCCCCGCAGACCCAUCAUUGAUCCAGAAGCCGAAGCGGCCGACGGCGGUCACGAUCAAGGACAAGAUCUCCGUCAUCAACGUGCACUCCAACAAGCGGUCCAUUUCUCACGGCUUCUUCGCAAAGGUCUUCUCCAUCCUCGACAGCAACCAGAUCUCUGUCGAUCUCAUCUCUACCAGUGAAGUCCACGUGUCUAUGGCCAUCCACGCCGGAAACUCGGAGGGCGGCAGCUUCGACAAGGCGCGACUUGAGCUGGAGGAAUGUGGCGACGUCAGCGUGCUCCAUGACAUGGCUAUUCUCAGUCUGGUCGGUGCGGAGAUGAAGAAUAUGAUUGGUGCCAGCGAGAUCAACAUUUCCUGCGUCAUUGACGCCCGUGAUGCCACUCGUGCUAUGAACAUCCUGCACACAAAUCUGUUCACCUUCCUUGACUAG